CAUCCAGGCACAGUGCCGGUCCAAUCCCCUUUAAUUUCCCAUGACUCCCCGCGUCCUCAAGCCCCGCCCCCAGUUCCCCAGCCCCGCCCCGAAGUUUGAGGGGUGUGGAUGGUUUGUGACCCCCUUAGCCGACCCUACUCCUCACUGGCCGGGACAGCUGGGCUUAUCACGGAGGCUGGGGCCAGGUAGCCCUUCGGUUCGGGUGGGCCCAUGGACCCCAGUCCAACGCCGCGGGAAUAGGACCAUCCAAACGCGGAACCUUCGCCUCAGAAAAAGGGUGCGGGACCCCUCCUCACCGUGCGGUCACGGUACGGACAGGGUAGAUCACAGGCUGAGGGACAGAGUAAAGACCUGUGAGGCCGGACACCUGGGGUCCUGCCGGGCCCCUCCCCACGAGAGUUCCCUGUGUCUGUGCCAAUCGUUUUCGUCUUUCUUCGCCGCAGUUUCUUUUUCUGUAAAUCAUGGUUAAUGACAUUAACCUUCUUACCAUCAGGGGUUAGUUGUGGGUGUGAUAAAAAAUUGCUACCAUUAUUAAGCAAUUGCAAUUUGCGGUGUGCCAGGCACUGUGCCAAGUAUUUUGCUUCGAUGAUUUCACGUCAUCUUCAAAACAACCUCAUGAGGGCUGGGUCAGUUAGAACCUAAACAAACUAGACCUGGUUGCAACCCCUCAGGCUCUGCUGAUGCUGUCCCCCUUUGUUCCUGCAGCGUGGACCCUGCCAGCAGCCAGGCCAUGGAGCUCUCUGAUGUCACCCUCAUUGAGGGUGUGGGUAAUGAGGUGAUGGUGGUGGCAGGUGUGGUGGUGCUGAUUCUAGCCUUGAUCCUAGCUUGGCUCUCUACCUACGUAGCAGACAGCGGUAGCAACCAGCUCCUGGGCGCUAUUGUGUCAGCAGGCGACACAUCCGUCCUCCACCUGGGGCAUGUGGACCACCUGGUGGCAGGCCAAGGCAACCCCGAACCAGCUGAACUCCCCCAUCCAUCAGAGGGUAAUGAUGAGAAGGCUGAAGAGGCUGGUGAAGGUGGGGGAGACUCCACAGGGGAAGCUGGAGCUGGGGGUGGUAUUGAGCCCAGCCUUGAGCAUCUCCUUGACAUCCAAGGCCUGCCCAAAAGACAAGCAGGUGCAGGCAGCAGCAGUCCAGAGGCCCCCCUGAGAUCUGAGGAUAGCACCUGCCUCCCUCCCAGCCCUGGCCUCAUCACUGUGCGGCUCAAAUUCCUCAAUGAUACCGAGGAGCUGGCUGUGGCUAGGCCAGAGGAUACCGUGGGUGCCCUGAAGAGCAAAUACUUCCCUGGACAAGAAAGCCAGAUGAAACUGAUCUACCAGGGCCGCCUGCUACAGGAUCCAGCCUGCACAUUGCGUUCUCUGAACAUUACCGACAACUGUGUGAUUCACUGCCACCGCUCACCCCCAGGGUCAGCUGUUCCAGGCCCCUCAGCCUCCUUGGCCCCCUCAGCCACUGAGCCACCCAGCCUUGGUGUCAGUGUCGGCAGCCUCAUGGUGCCUGUCUUUGUGGUGCUGUUGGGUGUGGUCUGGUACUUCCGAAUCAAUUACCGCCAAUUCUUCACAGCACCUGCCACCGUCUCCCUGGUGGGAGUCACCGUCUUCUUCAGCUUCCUAGUAUUUGGGAUGUAUGGACGAUAAGGACAUAGGAAGAAAAUGAAAGGCAUGGUCUUCCUCCUUUAUGGCCUCCCCCCUUUUCCUGGCCAGAGCUGGGCCCAAGGGCCUGCAAGGGAGGGGUGGAAAGGAUGCGAUGGAACUCUCCUCCAUAGGACACAGGAGGCAGGUACGCGGCCUCCCCUUCUCAUCCACAGGAGUACAGAUGUCCCUCCCGUGCAAGCACAACUCAGGUAGAAAUGAGGAUGUCAUCUUCCUUCACUUUUAGGGUCCUCUGAAGGAGUUCAAAGCUGCUGGCCAAGCUCAGUGGGGAGCCUGGGCUCUGAGAUUCCCUCCCACCUGUGGUUCUGGCUCUUCCCAGUGUCCUGCAUGUCUGCCCCCAGCACCCAGGGCUGCCUGCCAGGGCAGCUCAGCAUGGCCCCAGCACAACUCCAUAGGGAGCCUGGAGUAUCCUUCCAUUUCUCAGCCAAAUACUCAUCUUUUGAGAUUGAAAUCACACUGGCAGGAAUGAAGAUUGUGCCAGCCUUCUCUUAUGGGCACCUAGCCGCCUUCACCUUCUCCCUCUACCCCUUAGCAGGAAUAGGGUGUCCUCCCUUCUUUCAAAGCACUUUGCUUGCAUUUUAUUUUAUUUUUUUAAGAGUCCUUCAUAGAGCUCAGUCAGGAAGGGGAUGGGGCACCAAGCCAAGCCCCCAGCAUUGGGAGCGGCCAGGCCACAGCUGCUGCUCCCGUAGGCCUCAGGCUGUAAGCAAGAGACAGCACUGGCCCUUGGCCAGCAUCCUACCCUGCCCAACUCCAAGGACUGGGUAUGGAUCGCUGGGCCCUAGGCUCUUGCUUCUGGGGCUAUUGGAGGGUCAGUGUCUGUGACUGAAUAAAGUUCCAUUUUGUGGUCCUG